GUCUCUCCCCCCCCCCCCCCGGCUACUCUUCACAUAUCUUCCUCUGGAUCUGCAAAUGCGCACCGUUUUGAUCGCACUAAUCGGUUUCGUCUCCCUUUCGAUUCUCUGCGUUUGGCAUUCUAAAACUCAGUUCUCUUGUGGAUUUGUCGUGCGCGAAGGUAGGUGCUGCCUCUUCUUAGGUAGAAUAUAAUGAUUUGGAGAACAUAUUGUGGAGAGAGUUGCUGUCGAGUGGGGAUUGGGGUAUGCAGCUUUACCUAUUUGUCAAGUAACUAUGGAAGGUGACAGGACAAUUUCUACUACCCAAGAUGGGUUUGGCGAUGGUGGUCAGAAAAUGCGAGCUCUACAUGGGAGGACUAGUGGUCCUACGAGGCGUUCUACCAAAGGACAAUGGACACCUGAAGAGGAUGAGAUUUUGCGGAAGGCUGUUCAGCGCUUUAAAGGAAAGAACUGGAAAAAAAUAGCGGAGUGUUUCAAGGACCGCACUGAUGUACAAUGCCUACAUAGGUGGCAGAAGGUCUUGAAUCCAGAGCUUGUCAAAGGCCCAUGGUCUAAAGAGGAGGAUGAAAUGAUGGUUGAAUUGGUACAAAAGUAUGGUCCAAAAAAAUGGUCCACAAUUGCACAGCAUUUACCUGGACGUAUUGGUAAGCAGUGUCGUGAAAGGUGGCAUAAUCAUCUUAACCCUGCUAUAAACAAAGAGGCGUGGACCCAGGAAGAGGAACUGGCUCUGAUUCGUGCCCAUCAGAUUUAUGGGAACAAAUGGGCAGAGCUAACAAAAUUUUUGCCAGGAAGAACAGACAAUGCUAUAAAAAACCACUGGAACAGUUCUGUAAAAAAGAAAUUGGAUUCUUAUCUGGCAUCAGGUUUACUUGCGCAGUUCCCAGCCCUUCCUCAUGCUGGACAUCAAAAUCAACCCAUGCUUUCAUCUUCUUCAAGGAUGCAGACUAGUGGUGGUGAUACUAGUUCCAAAGGGAUAGAAGCAGAAGAAAUUUCAGAAUGCAGUCAAGAUUCGUCUGUUGCUGGCUUCUUUCAGUCUACAAGUGAAAUGGCCAAUGCUAUCAGAGAGGAAUUUCCAUUGACUCAAGAAUCUGGUUUAGGAAAGGAACAAAAGUCGAGUUUGCCAUCUUGUUCCGAACAAUAUUACACAUCUCUGGAAGAUGUUGCUUUUUCAAUGUCAGAUAUUACUUGUGAAGUGGGUUGCUCUGAGAAAUUUCUUGAGCAAAAUUUUUCGCAUGAUGCUGGGACUUCUGGCAGCAGGGAUCACCAGCUUAAUAUACAUGCAUUACCAAAUGUCUCAUCACUGGAAUUGGAGCAGGAAUCAUCGCAAUUGCAAAGACAUUGUGUAGGUACUAAUGAAAGCCAUGAAAUGGUGAAUGUUUCAUUUCAAACUUCUGCCGAGUUGAAAGCUUCUACUUCAACGGGCUAUAUAGCCAUGGGUUCUUAUAAACAAGAGCACGUGUUGAUAUCUGACGAUGAAUGUUGUAGAGUUCUGUUUUCAGAGGCAAUAAAUGAUGGAAGUUUUUUCUCUGGAAAUUUCACAAAAGGCUCUGAUACGGUCACCUCGAGCGGAUACAUAGAUUCAUUUCAUUGCCAAUCAACAGACUGCAUGAUACCUGAAAUUGGUGGAACUUCAGCUUCACAAACAUAUUGUCCUCCUAGGCCUGACCUAAUGGGUACUCCAUACUCUCAGGCUUUUGUGUCCGUACCUUCGCUUAUAUCUGUUGAUGGUGGUACACUUAUAUACGGUGACGAACCUAGCCAUUUAUUUGAAAUUCAAGAACAAGGGUUUGUCACUAGUGUCCAUGAUGGCUUUAUCUAUACCAAUGGCUCUGCUGGUUCUCCUUGCAAUAAUAGUACAGAGAACACAGGAAUACAAGAGCAACCGGAUGUUGUAAAGGAACCUUCAAAAUUAGUACCUGUAAAUAGUUUUGGUUCAGGUUCAGAUAUCACGCACACAUGCCCUUCUAUAGGUGAAAGACCACAUGUACAUACAGAACAACAGGAGACUGGAGCACUAUAUUAUGAGCCUCCUCGUGUUCCAAGCAUGGAUAUUCCAUUUUUCAGCUGUGAUCUGAUACAAUCUGGAAGUGACAUGCAGCAAGAAUAUAGUCCACUUGGUAUCCGCCAGUUUAUGAUGUCUUCUAUGAACUGCAUCACCCCAUUUAGGUUGUGUGAUUCCCCAUCUCCUGAUGAUACUCCAGAUGCUUUGUUAAAAUCUGCUGCUAAAACUUUCACAGGUACACCAUCCAUAUUGAAGAAACGACACCGCGAGUUAUUGUCACCAUUGUCAGAUAGAAGAAGCGACAAAAAGCUUGAGAUCAGCAUGACAUCCAGUUUGGCAAGAGAUUUUUCACGUUUAGAUGUUAUGUUUGAUGACAGUGGGAACCAAAGAGCACCUCCACUAUCUAACCAUAAAAAGAAUUCUGGAGCCUCCGCUGAUGAUAAAGAAAAUCUUGAUAAUGCCUUGGAAGGGGACAAAGAAAAGGGAACAGAUGGUGCUGCAUUUUCUGAUGGUAGAAUUGUAGAGAAAAGUUUUGAUAAUGGUGAUUCCCAGGACAACACAAAGCAGGUGACUGCUGAUGUCGAUGCUAAGACCAAAGUUAAUGUUGACACUGCCCAUAUUGUCCCGCAGCCUUCUGGAGUCCUUGUUGAACAUGACAUGAAUGAUCCGCUUUUGCAUUCUCCUGGUCAAGUAGGUUCCAAAUCAGACAGAGCAUUACUAAGUUCAAGUGCUAGAGGCCCAAGAAAUCAACAAUCUAGAAGCUUGGCAGCUGCAUCAGAUCAAGGAAUUUCUAACAAAUCAUCUUGUGGAAAUCCAUGCAUACCUGUUAGCUCCCCUACUGUUUGCAAGAAGAAGCAUGAAAGUCAUUCAGUAGCAGUUACAUGUGUACAGUCUGCUUCUUCAUCAGCUCCUCUGGAGACUACAGUUGAUAAUGCUCGGAAUGAUGCUGUUAUUGAAACCUUUAGCAUAUUUGGUGGAACUCCAUAUAAAAGAAGUAUUGAAUCCCCUUCAGCAUGGAAAUCCCCUUGGUUCAUCAACUCUUUUCUGCCUGGUCCAAGGAUUGAUACUGAAAUAACAAUUGAGGAUAUAGGGUAUUUUAUGAGCCCAGGAGAUAAAAGCUUGGAUGCCAUUGGGUUGAUGAAACAGAUAAGUGAGCACACUGCUGCUGCAUAUGCCAAUGCCCAGGAGGUUUUGGGAAAUGAAACUCCAAAAACAUUACUAAAGGAAAAACGCACCAACCAUGGAAAUCGGGACCAAGAAAACAAUCAUGUACCACAUAACCAUAUGGGGAGCCGUUCCCAGUUGGCUCCAAAUGUUCUGACAGAGCGUCGCAUCCUUGACUUCAGUGAAUGUGGAACACCAAGUAAGGGAGCAGAAAAUGUGAAAUCCUCUAACGGUAUAAGCUUGUCAAGUCCCUCUUCUUAUCUGUUAAAGGAAUGCAGAUAGCGGUUUUCUAUGGCUAAAGCCUUUCACUGUCAUAGUUGGAAGUUGAUGUAUACAUAGUCCGUUGUUCUUCCUCUUACACUGUUGCACUUCUCGAUUUUGAUUUGAUUAAAAUUGAUAGAAGAUUGUUCAAGUUCAAUGUACUCUUUAGAUUAUGUUACCUCAUUUUUCAAGCAGACCACUUACCUCUUAAUGGUCGCGACUGGGAAUUCUAUUAGAAGAUGAUGCAUCUGCACAUCACAUUACCAAGCAGAUAGUAUUAUUCUAUGUCAAGAGUUUGGGAGAUUUCGCACACAACUCCCCAAAGACAAAACAAAGCGCUUACUCUUCGAGAAGGCAGGAGACAAUACCAACUUCAUUCUGAGUUUCAGUUAAGCCAGCAUUUUUUUCCAAGCUACUUGUAAAGUAAGGAUCUGUUCGUUAGCAUUGGAUUCCAGCAUUUUACAUAUGUUGUUGUACACUUGAAUCAAAGAAGUGAUUAUUUGCAA